AUGAGUAAACCAUUGGAAAAGCGGGGUGUGGAUCUCGAGAGCAAACAGCAAAAUACAGAUGAGAAAGUCCUAUCGCUUGUGACAAAAACGGAUCCCGAACGCCAAAAAUUGAAUGAGAAAGAUGAUGAAAAGUUGCCAGAUGAGACUAAACUAAAUCUUGAAGGUAUCAUGGGAUUCCAAAACUUCGGCUCAAGCAAAAACAAAAAAGUGCAGUCAAAGAGUAAUGGAGGUCGACGGGUCAAGAAGCCUUCCACCAACGCAAAAUAUCGUCAAUACAUAAAAAAUAAGAAAAAUACGAAAAAGUCCGACUAG